AUGCGCCCGCUAAUUUGGAAACAAGGUCUCGAACCAUUCUCUUUUCUGCGGCCCGAUUCCCCUUCGCCGACGCCCGAUUCCCCUUUCCCGUCGCCUGGUGCCCCUUCCCGCCGCCCGGUUUCCCUUUCCCGCCGCCACGAAACCUCAGUCACGCUGCACGAUUCCCCUUCUCGCCCCCCGAUUCUUCUUUCCCACCGGCCGAUUCCCUUUCCCGUCGCCCUACUCCCUUUCCCGUCGCCCUACUCCCUUUCCCGUCGCCCUACUCCCUUUCCCGUCGCCCGAUUCACGUACCCGCCGCCUGGUUCCCCUUCCGCGUCGCCUGAAUCCCCUUUCCCGCCCAUUGGGCGGGCCGGCCGACCGCCCCUUUUCGCCGUCCGAUUCCCCUUUCGCGCCGCCGGAUUCCCGUUCCCUCCGCCCGCUUCCCCUUUCCCGCCGCCCGAUGCGCCUUCCCGCCGCCCGAUGCGCCUUCCCGCCGCCCGAUUCCCAUUUCCCGCCGCCCGAUACCCAUUUCCCGCCGCCCGGUUCCCAUUUCCCGCCGCCAGACUUCCCUUCCCGCCUCCCUAUUCCCCUUUCCGUCGCCCGACGUUCCCUCCCUACGUUCCAUCCCUUCCCUCCCUUCUCUCCCUUCCCUCCCUUCUCUCCCUCCCACCCUUCACUCCCUUCCCUCCCUUCCCUCCCUUCCCUCCCUUCACUCCCUUCCCUCCCUUCCCUCCUAUCUCUCCCUUCCCGCCCUUCUCUCCCCCCUUACCUUCUCUCCCUUUUCGAACCUUCCCUCUCAUCCCUCCUUGCAAUCUCCUGUCCCUCCCUUCUCUCCCGUCCCUCCCUUCUCUCCCGUCCCUCCUUUCUCUCCCGUCCCUCCCUUCUCUCCCGUCCCUCCCUUCUCUCCCGUCCCUCCCUUCCCUCCCUUCCCAGCCUUCUCUUUAUUUUCUCCCUUCUCUCCCUACCCGCCCUUCUCUUCCCCCCUACCACCCUUUUCUCCCUUCCAUCCUUUCCAUCCCUACCACCCUUUUCUCCCUUCCAUCCUUUCCAUCCCUACCACCCUUUUCUCCCUUCCAUCCUUUCCAUCCCUACCACCCUUUUCUCCCUUCCAUCCUUUCCAUCCCUACCACCCUUUUCUCCCUUCCAUCCUUUCCAUCCCUACCACCCUUUUCUCCCUUCCAUCCUUUCCAUCCCUACCACCCUUUUCUCCCUUCCAUCCUUUCCAUCCCUACCACCCUUUUCUCCCUUCCAUCCUUUCCAUCCCUACCACCCUUUUCUCCCUUCUAUCCUUUCCAUCCCUACCACCCUUCUCUCCCUUCUCUCCCUUCUCUCCCGCUCCUCUCUUCCCUCCCUUCCCUUUCUGCUCCUCUCUUCCCGCCCUUCCCUCUCUGCUCCUCUCUUCCCUCCAUUCCUGCUUCCUGUAACCAACCCCCCCUACCCCCACUCUCCCUUCCUCUCCCGUCCACUUCCCUUCCCCCAUCCCUCAAAUUCCUUUGCCUUUCUCUUACCUGCCACUACUCUUCCUUGCCUUCCUUUCCUUCCGUCCCCUUCCUACCCUCCCCUUCAUUCCCUCCCUAA